AUGGCACUUACACCACGUCAAGUCGAGAUUGUCAAAUCGACGGUCCCCAUCAUCAAAGAGCAUGGCACCACCGUCACAAAAACCUUCUACCACAACAUGCUCAAGGCCCACCCGGAGCUCUUGAACUACUUUUCUCUCCGCAAUCAACAGACUGGCGACCAGCAGGCCGCCCUCGCCAAGUCCGUCCUUGCCUACGCCACCUACAUUGACGACCUGGGCAAGCUGUCCCAUGCCGUUGAGCGCAUAGCCCACAAGCACGCGUCGCUCUACGUCAAGGCCGAGCAGUACGAUGUCGUGGGCGAGUAUUUGAUAGGGGCCUUUGGGGAGGUCCUGGGCGACGGGCUGACGCCUGAGGUGAAGGAGGCCUGGGUCGCGGCGUACGCCCAGCUCGCAGGUGUGUUCAUUCAGAAAGAGCAGGCGCUGUACGAUGAGGUGAGCGCAUGGAAAGACUGGCGCAAGUUUCGGAUUGCCGCCAAGGAACCGGAGAAUCAGAGCGUGGUGAACUUGUACCUGGAGCCCGUUGACGGCCAGGGACUGCCGACAUACCUGGCUGGUCAGUAUGUCAGCCUGCGCGUCCCGAUCCCUGAACUCGAGGGGCUGUAUCAGAACCGUCAGUUCAGUCUAAGCGAGGCACCAGUUGAGAAGCCCAGUCGAUACCGCAUCAGCGUCAAGAGGGAGGCGACCAACGCGGGCUCGGUGGAGGACUUGCGCCAGGGCAAGGUCCUAGGGCUCAUCUCGAAUAUCUUGCAUGACAAGUACCAUGUUGGGGAUGAGGUGCAGCUGAGCGCGCCAAGGGGCGAGUUCUUUGUGGGGAAGAAGGGUCUCACGGAGUCACAGAAGCCUCUGGUGCUGCUCUCUGCUGGGGUCGGUGCUUCCGCUCUCAUCGCUAUCCUCGACGCUGUUCUCGCAUCUACCUCUGCUACUCGCCCCAUUCAAUGGGUCCAUACGGCUCGACACACUAGCAACACCUGCUACACGCAGCAUGUCCGAGAGCAGGCCGCCAAGCACAACAACCUGAAGGCCAAGAUCUUCGUCAAGGAGACCCGUCCCGAGGACGGCAUCGGCAACGAGUACGAUGUUCUUGGUAGGAUGACGACGGAUGUGCUUGCGAAAGAGGUCGAGCUACCCUUUGAUGUCGAGGAGGCAGAGUACUACGCGUGCGGUCCGGAGGAGUGGAUGGUCGAGCUGAGAAGCUUCCUGGAGAGCCGUGGCGUCAAGCGGGACAGGGUACACCUUGAGCUGUUCAAGACAGGCGAUGUUGACCAGUAG